CUGGGCAUCGUAAGCACAGAAGGCGGGCUUGUGGAAGGUGUUAACAAAAAACUGGGCCUCUUUGGAGAUUAUAUGGAUACCUUCAAAGGAAUCCCUUUUGCUGCCCCCACCAAGACCUUGGAAGACCCCCAGCCUCACCCCGGCUGGCCAGGCACACUGCAGGCUGACAAAUUUCAAAAACGUUGCAUGCAGUCCACCCUCACCCAGACAGAUAUACGUGGCUCUGAGGAUUGCCUGUAUCUAAACAUCUGGGUCCCUCAAGGGAAGAAACAAGUCUCCACCAACUUGCCGGUGAUGAUCUGGAUUUAUGGAGGGGCCUACAUCUGGGGAGGUGGACAAGGCGCAAACUUCCUGAACAAUUAUUUGUACGACGGGGAGGAAAUUGCCAGCCGUGGGAAGGUGAUUGUGGUGACUCUCAAUUACCGGCUCGGACCGUUGGGUUUCCUAAGCACUGGCGACGCUGCUCUUCCAGGCAACUACGGCCUCAAAGAUCAACACAUGGCCAUUGCUUGGGUGAAGAGGAACAUCAAAAAUUUCGGGGGAGACCCUGACAACAUCACAAUCUUUGGGGAAUCUGCUGGGGCUGUCAGCGUCUCCUUACAGAUGCUGUCACCCUACAACAAAGGCUUGAUCCGACGGGCCCUCAGCCAGAGUGGAGUCGGCCUGUGCCCGUGGAGCAUCCAAAAGGACCCCCUUCACUGGGCUAUCAAGAUUGCGCACAAAGUGGGCUGCCCGACAGACAACACCACCGUGAUGGCCAGCUGCCUCCGAGGGACCGAUCCGAAGACCCUCACCCUGGCUUAUCACCUGGAAGUCACCAACUUGCGCUACCCCUUGGUCCAUUAUCUGGCCUUCACUCCCGUGGUGGAUGGAGAUUUCAUCCCCGAUCACCCGAAGAACCUCUUCGCCAACACGGCCGACAUUGACUAUCUGGUUGGGGUCAACAAUAUGGACGGGCAUUUCUUUGCCGGCAUCGACCUGCCAAGCAUCAACCGUCCCAUGGCGAAGAUCACCCCGGAAAAGGUCUACCAAUUAAUUCAGGGGCUGACGGUAGAGAAGGGGCCUGCAGGAGCUGACGCGGCCUACGCGUUGUACACCCAGAUGUGGAGCAACACGGAAGACCAAGAAGUCAUAAAGAGGACAGUGGUGGACGUGGAGACCGACUACAUCUUCCUGGUUCCCGCCCAGCAAACACUUCAGCUGCACCGAGAAAACGCCAAAACGGCCAAGACCUACAGCUACCUCUUCUCCGAGCCUUCGCGAAUGCCGGUUUACCCCGGCUGGGUGGGGGCGGAUCACGCCGACGAAAUUCAGUACGUCUUCGGCAAACCGUUUGCUACGCCCUUGGGUUACAAGCCCCGGCACAGGAAGCUCUCCAAAGCCAUGAUUGCUUAUUGGACCAACUUCGCCAGGACUGGUGACCCUAACCAAGGAGAGUCGGAAGUCCCCAUUGCCUGGGUGCCUUACAACAACGAAAGCGCCUUCUACCUAGACAUCAAUCACGACAUCAACUACCAGUCGGUGAAACAAGGCCUGCGUCAACUUUACGUCAACUUUUGGAACGUGGAUUUCCGCAAACUCCCCGAUAUGCUGUCACCCUACAACAAAGGCUUGAUCCGGCGGGCCCUCAGCCAGAGUGGAGUCGGCCUGUGCCCGUGGAGCAUCCAAAAGGACCCCCUUUACUGGGCUAUCAAGAUUGCGCACAAAGUGGGCUGCCCGGCAGACAACACCACCGUGAUGGCCAGCUGCCUCCGAGGGACCGAUCCGAAGACCCUCACCCUGGCUUAUCACCUGGAAGUCACCAACUUGCGCUACCCCUUGGUCCAUUAUCUGGCCUUCACUCCCGUGGUGGAUGGAGAUUUCAUCCCCGAUCACCCGAAGAACCUCUUCGCCAACACGGCCGACAUUGACUAUCUGGUUGGGGUCAACAAUAUGGACGGGCAUUUCUUUGCCGGCAUCGACCUGCCAAGCAUCAACCGUCCCAUGGCGAAGAUCACCCCGGAAAAGGUCUACCAAUUAAUUCAGGGGCUGACGGUAGAGAAGGGGCCAGCAGGAGCUGACGCGGCCUACGCGUUGUACACCCAGAUGUGGAGCAACACGGAAGACCAAGAAGUCAUAAAGAGGACAGUGGUGGACGUGGAGACCGACUACAUCUUCCUGGUUCCCGCCCAGCAAACACUUCAGCUGCACCGAGAAAACGCCAAAACGGCCAAGACCUAUAGCUACCUCUUCUCCGAGCCCUCGCGAAUGCCGGUCUACCCCGGCUGGGUGGGGGCGGAUCACGCCGACGAAAUUCAGUACGUCUUCGGCAAACCGUUUGCUACGCCCUUGGGUUACAAGCCCCGGCACAGGAAGCUCUCCAAAGCCAUGAUUGCUUAUUGGACCAACUUCGCCAGGACUGGUGACCCUAACCAAGGAGAGUCGGAAGUCCCCAUUGCCUGGGUGCCUUACAACAACGAAAGCGCCUUCUACCUAGACAUCAAUCACGACAUCAACUACCAGUCGGUGAAACAAGGCCUGCGUCAACUUUACGUCAACUUUUGGAACGUGGAUUUCCGCAAACUCCCCGAUGUCCGAANAUUCGAAUUGGGCCAGGGGAUGUUUGCCGAGAAACCGGAUCGUCGGAUAUCGGCAAGCGAUAAAAAAGGCUUGCAUUUCAUUGCAAAAUCCAGAUUUCCCUGCGUGGAUUCGAGGCAUCGGGACGAAGGAAGUCUGCAGAAGCUUGGCUCUGAAGAAGCCGUCAACCUCUUGAGGGACCUCAACGGCGUUCCUAAGUUCCCGGGCGAAGAUCCGAGGCUACGCAACUAG